GAUGCAGAUGAAAAUAAGGCUAUUGUGUUUCUGGAAUGUGAGAGGUCUGUACAUUGUGAAAAACAUGCCUCUGUUCGGAAAGUCUCAAAAGAGUCCGGCGGAGGUGGUAAAAGCUCUAAAGGAGGCAGUAAAUGCAUUGGAGCGUGGUGAUAAGAAGGUAGAAAAGGCUCAAGAGGAUGUCAGUAAAAAUUUGGUACACAUAAAAAAUAUGCUUUAUGGUACAGCUGAAACUGAGCCCCAAGCAGAUAUUGUUGUUGCCCAGUUGGCACAGGAAUUAUACAAUAGUAAUUUGUUGCUUCUACUUGUGCAGAAUCUUAGUCGCAUAGAUUUUGAGGUUUUUAAAGAUGUGGCUCAAGUGUUUAACAACAUACUACGAAGGCAAAUUGGAACCAGAUCUCCGACAGUGGAAUACAUAUGCACUAAACCAGAAAUAUUAUUUACUCUUAUGUCUGGAUAUGAACACCAAGAUAUCGCCUUAAAUUGUGGCACUAUGUUGAGAGAGUGUGCGAGAUACGAGGCCUUGGCUAAAAUAAUGAUCUAUUCGGACGACUUUUACAAUUUUUUCAGAUACGUCGAAGUGUCGACCUUCGACAUUGCUUCCGACGCAUUUUCUACAUUCAAAGAAUUACUUACCAGGCAUAAAAUACUGAGCGCUGAAUUUUUAGAAAUAAAUUACGAUAAAGUUUUCUCUCAUUAUCAAAGGUUAUUGAAUUCGGAAAACUAUGUAACGCGACGACAGAGUUUGAAACUGCUAGGGGAACUUUUACUCGAUAGACACAAUUUUACUGUAAUGACACGAUAUAUUUCGAAUCCUGAUAAUUUGAAGUUAAUGAUGAAUAUGCUCAAAGAGAAAUCACGUAAUAUACAAUUUGAAGCGUUUCAUGUUUUUAAGGUGUUCGUGGCGAAUCCAAACAAGCCGAAACCAAUUCUAGACAUUCUACUGCGCAACCAGGAGAAGCUAAUCGAAUUCCUGACGCGUUUUCACACUGAUCGUUCCGAGGACGAGCAAUUUAACGACGAGAAGGCGUACCUAAUUAAACAGAUUCAAGAACUUCAAUCUGUACAUGAGAAUUAAGUCCAAAAUACAAGUUAUUGCUACAGCUACCGUUAACUACUACUAUUGAAGUCUAUUCAGCUGCUGUUGCCACUGUUACACCAUCACAGUCACUGAUGUAGCCAACUACCAUUAUUUUUUUCCUCUCUUUCUGUCUCUUACUCUCCCUUUCUUUCACUUGUUAUAAUUAUCGUU